CAAAUAAAAUAAACAAUAUUUGAUUAAUUAUGAACAGACAUUCGAUAUUUCGAUUUUCAAGGGCUUUGAAAAAUAAAUUUGUUUAAAAGUUUAGAUUGUAUUGGAAAACUGUGCAUAUAAUUGGCCAAACUGGAUAUUUACAUGUAAAGUUUUGAUCAAUAAUAAAGUGUUGGAGAAAAUGGCAGUAGCUGCUCCAAAGAUAGCUGUCCAUCUAUACCUGAACAAUCCCUAUGGACUGAUCAGUGCUACUAUUCCACAGUAUUCUGUGAACCAGGUAUCAGUUGAAGAAAAGACCAAGGUAUCCGAAUCACCUGUUGAAAAUGGCGACACAGCUAGGGAUACAGGCCCCGCAGUAGUAGAACCUGGUUCGAAAUUCAAAGCCCGUAAAAAACAUAUAGAAGGAACCUCUUUUGACAAACGAAAAACUCCCUUACCUGAAAUCCAAGACAGCAAAGGAAGUUCUCCAACAAGUGAUGGGUCAUCGCCUACGGUGUUCUAUGCUAAAUCCCCCCGUCUAAAUCCUCCUAAGAAGGUAAAACCUACCGAAACAGUACAUGGAGGUCCACAUCUCGGGUUUACAUGGUCAGUUAACGUAGAUAAGCGAGACAAGGUGUUUAUGCCUCGACAACCUCCACCAAGAAACCUGCUGGAGAAAUUGGGACGUCUUAAGUCAGUGGAGCCAGUCGGUAUUAUCAAGUUGAAGAGGGAAACCGUCUCCCCACAUAAUUAUCUCAUACACAGGAUUCAACUUGAGGAGAAAGGACAAAGGAGGAUGUCGGAAAAGUUGUCCGAGUGGUUGGACCAGUACACAGAGGUCAGCCAAAAACAACACGACUACCUGAAACGCAUACACGAUCUCCGACGAGGACUUGAACAUAACGACAAACGUGUCAUAUCUACAAUUGAUAAAAUGCGUGGCGAACAUAAGUCAAAGUACCGCAGAAAAUAUCCGCUGUACUCAUUAUCACGUAUGGAAGAAACACCUGUGAACCAAGGCCCCGCCCCUUUUCCGAAUAGGCCGUCUCUAUUUCACGAUGAGAAACACGGAAUUCCCAAACUAAAAAUAGCACCACAUACAUCACCUCGAAAAUUGGCUCCGAUUGUCACGCGGGUUAAAACCGACAAAUAUAACAAAAAUUUAGAAACAGUCGGAGGACACGAGUUAACACCAAGACCUGAAAUGGCAUCUAUGAAAACCGAAUACGAAACAUUUGAAUCAAUAGCAAAAAGGAACAAACUCAAUUUGACUCAGUUCUUCAAUUCCUCGCUGAGCCACCGUCGGUCUCACCAGAGAUUACCAAUGAACGUAUCCACUGUAACCAUACUAGAAGAGAAACCGGAAGAACUGGAACAAAAAGAGUUUAUAACUGACUUAUCCUCACGGAAACCAGUUGUUCAUGCUUUAAAGGAUCUGAAACAAUGAUAUCUUAGGUGCACUCGACAGUACGACAAGUGUUUCUGGAAACUAUGAACAUAUACAAAUGUAAUAUAUUCAACCGUGCACAUUUAUAGAGAAGCACAUGAUAUAAAAUCAUCUAUAACUGAUAAAGUUCGUGUUAAUCACGUGUUCUUGUGUCACAUGAAAUAUCUAGGCAAGCACUGAAAAGAACAGUUACUCGUGUUCAUGCAAAUGAUGUUAUUUCACAAGUUUUUCAGAUUAAAAAUUAUACGUUUAAAACUA